AUGACGGAUGCUACUCGCACGUUGCUGAUCGCGUCUCCUUCGCCAGAAGAGGCGGUUGUAAUUCUAGCGGACGACAACGAGAGCUCACUUACUAAUGCACGGGAGAUGGUGGGGGGGGGGGUGGCCGCCAUCGCCUGCCAGCUGCGUCGCGUUAUGCUAUCGCCAUUGCCGCUACCUGCAUGUCGUGGUCGCUGCAGAGACGCGAGAAGAAAGCGAUACGCGUGGCAAGCAAGCCGGGCACGCAUGACCUGUGCGCAGUGUCAGCGACGUUGUAGUCUGAUGGCGAUGCAUGCCUUUCCAUCUCUUCCACUCUAUCCUCCUUUGCACACGCGCACACACUCCACUAUGACUCUCCUCGUCGAUCUCAAGCUUGCGUCACGCACGCGCGCACGCGCACACACACACACACAGAUAUACUCAUCGUGUACGAGGGUGGACUGGAUGGAAGCCUGCGUGUCGACUGCAGCUGCCCCAUCCCUUGUCCUCGUGGACAUGGGGGCGCCACUCCAGGAAUGUCUGCGGCGACUGCAUGCGCAGACAGCGCGCGUAGCAGCGACGCUCGCUGCUAGGCAACAGGACAAGCUGUUCGGUGGCACGGCAGCGCCGUCGGCAGCGGCUCUCCUCUCCGAGUACCGCGCAGUGGCCUCCGACACCCUCGACAGCAGCGACGAGGGCACCGCGCAGCUCCGCCGCCGCAUCGCGCAGAAGCUGCAGCGGCUACGGAAAGAGCGGCACAUAGACCUGUGCUCCCCCACUGCGUUCCCCGACGACGUUGAAGACUUGGCGGCUGCACUCCCAACAAUGCCGGCAGGGGCAAAGUCGCGGAACGAGGCGUUGGGCAAUCAUGCCAAGGCACCCACCCGCGCAUCCCCGCCGCCACCGCUGUCGGACGACGUGUGGGUGGUGCAAGGCGGUGGUGAAGACGAGGACGACAUAUUCGGCUGGGUCACACAGCGCCCCAACGAAUCGCCGCAUCCCGCCUCGGAGCGAGCAGAAUCUGUCGUCACACCUUCACGCGCUGCGGCAACUGCGGUGGCGGGCACGACCAGGGUCACAGCAGGCGAGGCGCACGACGACGAAGGCGCCGUUGACGCUCUGCUGAGCCGCAUCGCGUGCUGUCUCGGGGACGUGGUGGAGUGCAAGUGUCGUCAUGCCGCAACAGUCGAAGGCGUUUAUCAGCAGCUGAUCACACUGCAGCGCUACGCGGAGAGCCUCUUGAACAUGCGCGAGGGAAGCGUCGGCGGCACGGCGGACAGCCUCGGUGCGCGGCUGCGUCGUCUCCUCGCCUACCAGCCCUCGCACACCGUCGCCUCGGAGGAGGAGCAGCAGGUCUGGCAACGCGCGUGGGCGGCAAUGGGGUGCAACGCCGCGCCUGCGCUAAGGGUAGGUGCAUCUGUCGAACUGAUCGACGUGGCAGUUCUUGCGCGCGCCAACGCGCAGCGCUACGAGGCCCUGCUGCGGCGUUGGCUGGUGGUGCGGCAGGCGUACGAGGCGCACGUGGGGCAGCUUAACCAGCGAAUGGCGCUGGCGGCCCUUCAGCUAGACAAGAUGGAGGCCGUGCCGAAGUUGGCGCAGCAUUAA